GUGUGAGACUCGAAGUUCGUUCCGGUUGAUAGCGAUGUAGACUGUUUCAGGUGGAUCUUACCAGCUGAAUUCGUUCUCAUACUUCGGCACAGAGGAACGAGUGACUGUAAUGACAGCUUUAGCAGCGAGGAAAAGGUUCCCGUGCGCGUGGUAGUUGUAAGUGAUGACGGAAACCUCCAUGACUCAAAAGAAACAAUACACACCCAUAAUGUCAAAGAGGAAUUGGGAGGUUUUUCCCGGUAGAAACAAGUUUUACUGCGAUGGAAGGAUUAUUAUGGCUAGGAAUAAUGGCGUGUUUUAUUUCACUGUGGUGCUUAUAGUUGUUACUAGCGGAUUAUUUUUUGCGUUUGAGUAAGUAUAUAAACUAAAUUAGUUGAUUCCCUUUUAUAUGUGUAGGAUCAUGAGGUCAUGUAAUCCAACAGGCAUGCUGUCAGAAAUCUUCGGGCCCUCGACAGUCGGCCAGGUUUCGCCAAUUCUUUACCGUUUCCUUUAUUUUUUAAAAUUGACUUUUUCACUAUUUUUACAAGGUGUUUUUCUAGUCUUGUGGGAUAUUGAUUUAUGAGAAUGUUUUGUUUUGCCAAUUAUAAAGUGAUUUUAAUACAUGUACCUAGGCGUACUUAGAGUUAAAUUUUAUUGAGCUUGAUAUUGUCGAUCAGCAUGGCCUGCCAGCACUAAGCUGCUUUACUGAGCUAUGCUGUCUGGUUUUGCUGAAGAAUGAAAGAGUAUAAUAAGAUGCUAUUGCUGGGGAUAUUGCCAUUUGUGAUUUAAGAAGAGGCAUUACUUAGUUUGAUAAAAGUUCGGUAUAACUUGCAGUUGAUUUACAUGUUAUGAAGGUAAUGAAGCAUAUCAAACAGGAACUUGAUUUGGUAGAUCUUCCUUUAUAAGCAUAUGGUUAGUGAAUCCAAUAUUGCCAACUUGCUUCCGGCGGCAAGUCAAGCAAUUUUUUUUACAAAAUACGAGCCUAGUAUGAUUAAAAUACCCCUGUAUCUCAGAAAAAUAGAUCCAUUUGAAGCUAAGAGUUUAGCAACUAAACAAUCUUUUUUAAUAGAUGUAAACUCGCUGUCACACAUUCCUAUAACAACUUAAAGCCACUGACAUGGCCAAACAUGAACAUACAAUCUGUGAAAUACAAAGUAAUUAAAACAGCCGCCUAUAGUGGCUUACACUUGGGCUUACAAAUAUUGCAGGCUACACGUAUCCCAAAUGUAAGUAGCUACACUGUAUUGUCAGCAAUUUUAGUGUUACAAGGCCUAAUCAACACAGUAUACACUAUAUGCUGGUUCAGGGUGCCUACAAGUAAAUCAAUCAAGAACAAAACAUAACAGAUUUAAGGGUUGUAGCUAAAAUAGCAAAGCUUUAAUAGCAUUAUCUACUUAUUAAGGAACUUAUGAGCUUAUAUUGUUACACAAAAAUUUUAAAUCAAGGAGUAACUGAUGGUCACUAAAAAUACUAUGGCAUCUGUGCCUUCUCCACAAGUAUUGUGUAAGUUUAAUAAUUCUUUUUACCAAUGUACAAAAUAAAAAAUAUAUAUACAUAUAUAAAAGUACAAUAGGUAAAGGAAAGCAAUAGGGGGAACUGAAUUCCCAUGUAAAAACUGCCCUCCAAAACGAAAAGAUAAAACAAUUAAGAAUAGAAAACUAAUACAUAGCUAUACAUCACAUGAUACUAAGAGAAAACAAAAACAAAAACAAAAAACAACUAAAUAAACUACUUAGAUAUUAAAUAAAGAGGAAAAUCCAAAUUCAGUAGGAAAUAAUAAACAUAUGACUAUUUACAAAGAUAAUUAAGUAAUAAAGUUUUAAAAGAGUUCAAGCUGGAAGCAGACAUAACGAAGUUUGGUAAAGAGUUCCAGUCAUUAACGUAACGAUUAAAAAAUGAAAAUUUAAAAUAGUUUGUCCUUGCUGCUCUAGGCCUGAUUUUAAAGUCAUGGUUUCUUCUAGUUCUUGUCAGGCCAGUCAGAUGCACAUACGUGGUAUAAUCACUAUCAGAAUAGCCAUGAAUUAUCUUGUAAAUUUGAACCAGGCAAAGGUAUUUUCUUCUAAGCUCCAAUGUUGACCAGUUUAGUUCAGUGAGCCUUUCAGUGUAAGAAUUAUGAGAUCCACAUAUCAAUCGAGUAGCACGACGCUGAAUGGGUUCAAUACUGUGUAUGUGUUUAACCAAAUAUGGAUUCCACACUGGGCAUCCAUUUUCCAGAAUAGGACAAACUAAAGCGAUAAAAGCUGUUUUGAUUGGCACAGGAUCUUUAGACCCAAACGUUCUCCUUAUUAGACCCAAUACUCGAUUUGCCUUACCAACAAUGUAAUUGAUAUGAACGUCCCACCUUGAAGAAGAUUCAAUCCAAAUGCCCAAGUGCUUAUGUUUAUCAACAGCUGACAGAUUAUUCUCAUUUAUCACAUACUGAUGAACUUAUUAGAUGUUAUUUCUUAUACUAUAGAUCUAACAUCUUAUCUUUCUCUUCACUGUUAUGGUUAUGUUGUCUGGUGACAAACUUGUGAUCUGCAGUCUGUCUUGGGUUUAACUCUGACUCUGACCACUUAUAACAUUUUUUUUUUCUGUGCCAUCCCGAGCUCAUGUCCAAGGCCAAACUGUUUUUGUGAAAGUUAUAAGGAACUACAGCUGUAUUUUUCUUCCUCUUCGGUGAUAUUUUUAGUGGUUAUUUCACUUUGGGAAAUGGAUUUAAGUAUGUAUGUAUGUAUUACUGGAUCACCAGAAGUUAAAGGACAUAUAUUCUAGCAAAAUUAAUGAAAAGUGUGCUGCCUUUUUGUCCUAAGUUGACAGGUUGAUUUUUCUUACUGAUAUGAUUAACUUGAGCCUAAAACUGAAGUUAUCAUGUAGCAGAAUUUUGUUUGCAUGCAACAGGCUUUGGUGUGAAACUUGGUUACAGAUCCAUCUUUGAGAGAAGAGCACAUCAGGUGGAGGAAUACUCUGACAGAUGCUAUUAGUAAUUGUCCUAAAGCUGGAAAUAAACCAGACAAGAGUCUGGUUUAUUAUUUUAUAGAAUACACUUGAAGCUCCAAUAGCUGAUUUGUUUUAAAGCAGAAUCCAUUAGGAAGUUGAGUAAUUUUAUUUUUCAGCAAACAAAAACCUCGUACCAGAAUAAUUUCAAGCUUAUUGCAUCCUUUUUACAUUUUCCGAGGGCUAUAAAUGUAAUAAGUUAUAUGAAAUAACUCCAAAGAAAAGGUUCGUAUGGGAGCUCAAGAAAACAAACUUCAAAAUCUUCAAAUUUCACAAAAUGAAAUUUUACUCAAGACAAUUUUACCUGUGUUUUCUCAGUUCCUGUGAAAUUUUGAAAUUUAUUUUCUCGGACUCCCAUAAGAAGUUGUCUUUGGUGUUAUCACAGAUAACUAAUAUUAUUAUAUCUUUUACCCUUGAAAAGUGUAAAAAAAAUGGGAUAAUAUGGCUCAAGAUAUUCUGUGACAAAGUUUUGUCCACUGAAAAUUAAAAUUACUUUUGUUUAUUAACAUUACAAAGGUACAAAGAAUAGGAAAAAGUAUGCUUUAAUUCAGAUUUAUUUCUUUGAUUUUAACAUUUUGAAACAAAUUUUUCCACACCAUGGUAUUAAUAUAUUUAAAGAAUAGAACUAAGUACACAUUAAAGCAUGGAUACCUGCAAGUAAGUAGAGAGCAGGGCUGUCCAUUAGUUUGUUACACAUUUUAUGUACAUGUGAAGGUUGCUGUUUGGGUUUCAUUUGCACAGAAGUUCCACCUUUCUGUUAAAAUGCUCUGCUUGGUAUCAUAUAAGAUGAUUUUUUUUCUUUUUUUUUUUAUUAUUAUAUUAAGCAACCACCUAAUUAAUAGGUUGCCUACACUUGCACGUGUGUUUUGGAGAUUCCUGAACAUGAAGUUUACACAAAUUGUGAAACAUGUUGAAGAUCAGAGAAUUUUUUUUCAGUCAUUUUUCUGAACUUUCCAAAAUUGCAAUAUUGUUUCUAAUUUACCAAGAAUUUUAAUUGAGAAAAUCUCUGUGUAUUUUAAAAUUGUGAAAAUAACUUUUUAGAGGGGAAGAAGUGAGUUUUACUGGUACUAAAGCCCAAACAUGCAGUUUAGGUCCAGACCACAAAGUACCAAAAAGAGAUAGUUGAAUUGAAUUAAUGCAUGUUGUUUGUUCUUCCCUGUUGAGAAAUUUGAAUACCACGGCUUUUGAAGUGUAUGUUAAAGUUGUUAUUAUCUUAUAUCUUUAAUAACUGGCAUUGACAUUGAUAUUAAAAUUUCAAUACAAAGCUGGAAAAACAUGCAGAAAGCUUUUUGAUCAGGAUGUUCUAAGUAUUUUGAAGAAAAUGAAAGAGCAUUCAUUUUGAUUUUUUUAAAAAAACUGUUUACAAAUGCCAUAGAUCACUCAUGAAACACAUAUUGUACGCAUGUGAUUUCAGUUGAGACACUGAGAAUGUAAAUUGAAAAUGUAAACUUUCACCCGGACUGAGAACUUACCCUUCUCAAUACUGACCAUACUCCUUAGCUUCCUUGCGUACUAGCUUCAUAUUCUUCAUGACAUUGUUUUUCUUGCAGUUGUCCAUAUUUGUAUGAAGAGGUUUCCCCAGCAGUUCCAUUUAUAGCAGCUUGGUUAUUUAUUUUUGUUAUGUCAACAUUACUUCGCACUGCAUUUAGUGACCCUGGUAUAGUACCACGAGCAUCAGCUGAAGAAGCAGCUUACAUAGAAAAAACUUUAGGUAAGAAACCUAAAAUUGUUUUCCUUCCCAAGUGGUUUUGAACAUAUGUUUGAUGCAAAUGUUUUGUUUCUUCUCAAUGUGUAAAUACUUGUUCCAUAGGUAAACAAGAUAACAUGAAUAUUAUGCAUGCCUUAUAUGCCACCAUUUUAGUUUGCACAAUACAAAACCUUUUCAUUGAUUAAAUUUUCCCUCCUGAAUUUCAAAUUUAUAUAACUCUAUCUUAAUGUUAAAAAUGUUUACAAUAAUGUGCAUUUUAAAUUUUUCUUGGUUAAGAAUUUUCAAGCCAGUUUAGGUUUGUUACUUGUUUCCAACAUUAAAAUGUUCCUGCAGAAUUAUUGUAUUCAGUAUUACCAGGGUGUCAAUGUAAAGUGUGAUGUUUUUAAAAUCUACAGAAACUCCAAGUCAGGAUCCCCAGACAUACCGUCCUCCUCCACGAGUUAAGGAGAUCACAAUAAAUGGACAAACAGUCAAACUUAAGUUUUGCUUUACGUGCAAAAUAUUUCGACCACCAAGGGCUUCCCACUGUAGCAUGUGUGACAACUGUGUUGGUAAGCUGAUUACAAAUUUUUUUUUUUAAUAACAAAAUUUUAUAAAUCAUACUCAACAGCUUUACAAUACUAAUGUUACAUAACAUUGCAUAACAUUGUGAACACUAAAGAAACUAUGUACACUUUUAUACUUACAGUGUACAUGUAAUUUUAGCCUUUGAUGAAAAGGCAGUUAUAGUGGGAAUUCUCCUACAUGUACAACCCAAUAAGUAUAAUUUAGUGAUCAGUAUCAAGUAAUUAACCCUUUAACUCCCAAUAUCCAGAUUCAAUUCUCCAAACUGAUUUCCAUACAUUCCUUACAGAACUAGUUGCAAGAAUUUGACAGAAGAUCAUAAAAUUCUCCUAUCGAAAUAAGGUCAAUUUGUAAACAAUUAUUCCUGUAAUAAUGUCCUAUUAUAGUUGAUUACUUAUUCUGUUUCAUGAGUACUUUAAUUGUGUAGAGAUUUUUCAAAACAUCAUCAAAUUCCAUGUAAAAAAGGAAUACAACCCCCCCCCCCCCCCCCAAGCUACCUGUAAUGGGGUAUUGAAUUGUAUUGAACCCAAUAAUUGCCAAAUAAGCCUCUUGCUUUUUAUUUUUGUUAGCUAUUACACACCCUAAAUUUAUUUCUGCUUACAAGUUUUCAGCUUGGGAGCAUCCUUCAUUUUUUUUUUUCAAACAGUGCUUUAGUUUCUUUGGGUAUACACAUAAUAGCUUAGAAGUCUGUCACAUAAAGUUUGUAAGGUUUACAUGUAUUAUUAUGUUGUAGUUUUUUUUUUAUCUCGGGUUCAUUUUUAUUUUUCCUUUGGUUCAACUUCAUUAGCAUACAUUAACAUACCCCAAAACAAAAGAAAACAAAAAUUACCUUUGAUAAAAGUUAACUACAGCAUCCUAAGCACAGCCUACUUAUUUCAUACCACUGUAUCCUUUCUUUUCAGAACGGUUUGACCAUCAUUGCCCUUGGGUGAGUUUUUAGAUUUAAAUGAAAUCAAAUAUUUUUCUUUGAUGUUAAAUUCAUCUGUGUAAUCUUCUUUAUGUAUGUUUUUUUUUUCCUAGGUUGGUAACUGCGUAGGAAAGAGAAACUAUAAGUUUUUCUUUAUGUUUCUUGUUUCGCUGUCAAUUUACUGCUGUUACCUGUUUGCUUUUGUUGUUACUCAUCUUGUAAUGUGUGAGUCUUUAUUUUGUUUACAUUACUAUGUUUACUUUGUAAACCAACCAAGAGAACAGCAGUUCACAGGUUUUACUCGCCAGGCUAAGUUGAAAUGACCAAGAGCUAUGUGAAUAACGUUGCCACAUUUCAAAUUCCAUUUCUCAUGAGUUUCCUAGAACAAGCCAUCCUCAGAGUUUAUGCUUUAGAAUGAUGUCUAUAUAAAAGAGAUCUAAAAGAACUUGAAGCCUUCUAAGAUAUUCCUAUGCCAUGAACCACUUGUUCAUUCUCUUAAGUGGUCAAUGUAAUAUCUUGCAUCCUAAAAUGAAUUCUUGUACCAUUGAUAUUAAUAAUUCAUGACAAUAACAUCACAGCAAUUUCCUGGUUUGAAGUAUUUGUCACAAUGUUUUGAAAGGUGAACAUCAUUUUAGCACAAUUUAGAAUCUGAUUUAUCAAAAUGAUUUAUAUGUAAUUACUUGUAAUCUUCAUCCUUUGAUUUACAUGUACUUGGCAAAAAUGACUUGAAGUAACAGGAAGUCUUAAAAGUAUCAAUUUUGUUCACAUGCAAUCUGUAUGGGUGCUCAUUUUUUUACCUAUUGCUGAAGUGAAAAGUAAAUGGUUUCUGUAAAAAUACAUGUAUUUUCCCCAACUUGUCACAAUUUUCAUUUUUUGCUUUGUUCAAGUAACAGUUUAUUUCCGCAGUAAAAAUCUCAUCUGUGUCUGAAGAUAAUCAGUUUUUCUGUUUUUGUGUUGCAGUAUCUAAAGGAGAAAAUAACACAUUUAUUUCUGCUAUGAAGCAAUCUCCAGCUAGAUAUCCUUUAGUUUGCAGUAACUAUAGUUAUGUGCUAAGUUGCAUUCUCCUUGGGUAGUUGAACAAACACAUUUUCAGUGUGAAUUUUUGUUAUCAUAUUUCGCUUUAGUGGUAACAAAAACAAAUUAAAUUGUUGUAAAUGCAUUUGUUGACAAAAAAACUAACCAACUCAGUUACUUAUAUACCAGUGAAGCAGUUGCAGUUCAUUAAGCAAAUGAAAAAUUACUGACGAUAAUAGUGGUAGCACUUAAAGUAGGUCUUUGUCUGCAUUCGUUAGUGUUAGUUUUUUAGGAGGGGGAAAAUGAAGAAAGUCAUCUUGCAGCAAGGACAAGUACACUAUAUGUUAUCACUUACAUGUAAGAGGUCUGCAGCUAUGCCUUAUUGGUUGGAGGCAAAUGCUCUUACCCUUCUUCUUCAUUAAUGUUAUGAUCGGUGUAUGUGAAUCAUAAACAAAGCUAAUGGAGGAAAGAUUUAUGGAUAUUUUUUUUGCAAGUUAGAGCUCGGGAAUUGAAAAGGGGCAGUGUAAAAUGCAGACUGCGCACUGACUGCGGACUAUUGUUUUUACGGUUAGAAAACAAUGGGACUAUUGUUGUCACGUACUUAUUUACACGGUAAAACAAUAGGCUGCAGUCUGCAUUUUACAAUGACCGGAACUGAAAAGCAAUCAUCAUCAUUUUUGAUGCCAUAACCUGACACACUCCGAUUUUUUUUACAAUGUCACACUCGUAAACCAUAAGAUACACUUAAUCCAAAUAAUCAAUUUGAGUUUCCUUGACUGAUGCUACUAUCCUGGAGGCCAUCAUCUGUUUUUUCUCAGUUUGGUCAAUAGUUGGUUUAACUGGAUUUCAUGGAUAUUUAGUUGCUUCUAAUCAAACCACAAAUGAAGAUGUAAGUAUAACCAAAACUUAUCAUUAUUUGUUUGUGUAUUUAAGAGUAGAAAUGCCAACUGAACCAGUUAAGAUGAGGACAAACAAAACACCUACAAAAAAAUACAAACCAAGAAAGCAUAUUGAAUAUUUAUACCUGAUUGAAAAAACAUCGUUUAAGAACUAUAAACCGUGGACAAUGAGGCCUCAGUGAUUUAUAAGUAUACAUUCAUUAGCAAGGCAAAUUCAAAGUUAUUUCAUCAAAAGUUUACACUGACAUGAGAUGCUGGUGCUGAUGCGAAUCCCUAUAAUACUCUGUUUGAGGCAUACCGUUGUCUUUUUAUGCGGUCUUCCAGGAAAGCUUUUUUAAAAGUCCUAUCUUAUGAUUUUCAAGUGUGCGUUAGCGAUAUGGCUAUGCUCUUUAACCGCAGAGAUCUCUGAUGUGCCCUGCACAGGUGAAGUUGUGAGCUUAUUGCCAAGAAAACUGGAAACCAUUUGAACUUUUUUGGAAUGCAUCGUCGUGAAAAGCUUCGAUAAUUAGACUUUUCUGGAAAGAACUUUAAAUUUGUAGUGCUAAAAAAAUUCUACUCAUAAAUUUAUUAGGUGCCAUAGUUCAUGGUUUAUACUUUUCAAUUGACAGCGUUUUUUCAAUCAGGUGUAUUUGAAAACCAUAUAUAGGCACUGUGUGGUGAAGAAUUAAACAAAAAAAGAUCAUUGCAGUUAUAGACGCAGCUUUUGCAGUGGUGAAAAGGAAGCCUGAAAAAAUUCAGGCUUGUCAACAUUCAAACUGCAGCACUAGAGCUAGGCAUUUGAGUUUCUUCAUUAUAAAUGCAUGGCAAACAAACGAAUUGAAUAUAUGAAAAUCAUAUAAAGGAAGUGAGGAAAGGUACAGGAAGGUGGCAGGCAUUUCUAUGUGGAAUUUAAGUCAGUGUUAAGUCAGAAUGGUAGUGGUUCAAUGGGUCUAAACCAUGGUUGUCCCAGGGAAUCUCCCAGAUAAAAGAUAAAAUUAAUCACAUUUUUUUCUUUGACAAUGCACUCGUCAUAGCAUGAUGAUUUGUCGGUUACACAAUGCUUUUUCAAUGGUAAAUCUCAAUGGGACUUCUUUUGGUUAUUACUUCUCAGCCAUUGAGCCAAGUAUGAAUUUCUUUAAUUUGCAACUAGGUUAUCAGCUUACCAGAUGCCUUCUGGGCUGUCUCACAUGCAAGUGAUGUAGCACAUUUGGGUUAAACAUCACAUACCUAAGACCCUAUAUCAACUUAAAGUUCAUUGAACUGGCUAUCAUAAGAAACCAACAUUCUGUGUAAUAAAUUGCACCAUCGAUUUUUGUAUGAGGUUUUAAAUAUGAGCAUCCAAAUCUGUUUUCAAAACCUAAACUCAAAGUGAUUAGUUUGUUGUUGUUUUUUGUUUGUUUGUUUUCUUUCACUAAUUUGAUUCACUUAGUCAUCCAGGUGACUGAAGCCUCAGGCAGAAUCAAUCAUCGCAGGUUUCCGAUCAGGUCGCAGUACCACAGAAAAGAUCUUCAAUCUCAGGAUACUGUGCGAGAGGUACCUCCAACAUCAACAAGACCUCUACCACGUCUUUAUUGAUUUUAAAAAGGCGUUUGACAGAGUAUGGCAUAAAGCCCUUUGGUCUACUAUGAGGCUUUAUAACAUCAAUGUCAACCUGAUCCAAGUCAUUGAAAACCUCUACAACAAGGCCACUAGUGCAGACUACCUUAAUGGUGACAUAGGAGACUGGUUCAGAACUACAGUCGGAGUCAGGCAAGGGUGUCUACUCUCACCAACUCUUUUCAUCAUCUUUCUGGAGAGAAUUAUGACUGACGCACUAGAAGAUCACCAAGGAACAGUUAGCAUCGGAGGCAGAACAAUUACCAACUUACGUUUUGCUGAUGACAUUGACGGCCUGGUGGGAAAAGAGGAGGAACUAGCCUCCCUUGUUGAUCGCCUGGAUAAGACCUCUGCAGCCUUUGGCAUGGAAAUCAGUGCAGAGAAGACCAAACUGAUGACCAAUAACGCGAAUGGUACCAGCAUUGACAUCAGAAUCAACGGUGAAAAAUUGGACGAGGUUGAUAGCUUCAAGUAUCUGGGCGCAGUCGUCACAGAUCAGGGUUCCAAGGCUGAAGUACUGUCCAGAAUUGCACAGACAACAGCAGCACUAGCGAGACUGAAGACCAUCUGGAGUGAUAAGCAGAUCUCUCUAAGCUCAAAGAUCAGACAAAUGCGCUCCCUAGUUAUCUCAGUACUAUUGUACGCCUGCGAAACCUGGACAUUGACAGCGGACAUCCUGAAGAAAUUGCAGGCCACUGAGAUAAGAUCUUUAGGAAACUGCUUGGCAUCUCAUACAGAGAUCACAUCACUAACGAUGCAGUCAGAGACAGAAUCAGGCAAGCCAUUAGGCCCCAUGAUGAUAUCUUAGCCACAGUAAAGAAACGCAAGUUAAAGUGGUUUGGGCAUGUAUCAAGAUCAUCUGGGCUUGCCAAGACGAUUUUACAAGGAACAGUGCAAGGAGGGAGAAGAAGGGACCGACAAAAGAAGCGUUGGGAGAACAAUAUCGCUGAAGGGAGAGGGUUGAAGUUUUGCAACGUCCGUGGCGGUCCAACGGUCAUUGACUACGGGAUAGGUGCUUGUGCAGUCCUCGAUAAGUCAAAACGCUAAAAAUACAUGUUGGGGUUUUGCCAUUUUCUAUUGCCAUGAAAAGUGUGAGAACAAUAAUGGAAACAGGGCUAAAACAGUUGGCUAACGAUACGAAAUGUCUCUCAACCAAAACGUAUUAGGGAAAAAAGAAUUCUCAAACAUGUUUUUGCUUUUUACACAUUAAAAUAACAUUCCUCAAAAUUCUAGGUCAGUCAAACAAAUUCCUUUUGAGUGUUAGCAUAAGAAAGCUGAUUCAGACGCACUGAUUAAAAAAAAUCAUUAAAAACUGAUAGUGCAAAUUUUCAAAAACUUGUUGGUUUAUUAAGAUAGCCACUCCAAAAAGCUUUAAUUUAACAUAGGAUUUUGGGUAUCUCCCGUUUAACUGGGUUGUGUUAUAUCACUUGCAGAGGAGACACCCUUGAAGGUAUCCUGUAACAGCCGAAAUUCCUUUUUCCCGCUAUAUUAUAAUAAUUGUCGUAAUCUUUCAUCUUCUUUUUUCCACUUUUAUUAUUUGACAUCACUUUUGUGUUUUACAUUGUAAAUAACCCAACUCAGCAGCUAUCAAUACAUGAAUUGAGUGUAUGUAUUAUGUACUCACACACUNUUACACAUUAAAAUAACAUUCCUCAAAAUUCUAGGUCAGUCAAACAAAUUCCUUUUGAGUGUUAGCAUAAGAAAGCUGAUUCAGACGCACUGAUUAAAAAAAAUCAUUAAAAACUGAUAGUGCAAAUUUUCAAAAACUUGUUGGUUUAUUAAGAUAGCCACUCCAAAAAGCUUUAAUUUAACAUAGGAUUUUGGGUAUCUCCCGUUUAACUGGGUUGUGUUAUAUCACUUGCAGAGGAGACACCCUUGAAGGUAUCCUGUAACAGCCGAAAUUCCUUUUUCCCGCUAUAUUAUAAUAAUUGUCGUAAUCUUUCAUCUUCUUUUUUCCACUUUUAUUAUUUGACAUCACUUUUGUGUUUUACAUUGUAAAUAACCCAACUCAGCAGCUAUCAAUACAUGAAUUGAGUGUAUGUAUUAUGUACUCACACACUUCUAGAACCCAUUUUUCAAGAUCUUGUUUUGAUUAACUAAAAUUAAUGUAUCUAUUUGUUUCACAGAUAAAAGGGUCAUUUUCUUCACGGAGUGGACAAGGAAAUUUUAAUCCAUACAGUGAAGGCUCAAUGUUGCAAAAUUGUGCUGCAGUGCUCUGUGGUCCUCUUCAUCCUAGGUAUAUUCAUAGAAAAAUGUAAAAAAUUAAUUUUGGUGAUCAAAAGGAGUUUUGUUGACAGUGACUAGCAUGACCUUCCUGAUUCAAAUGAUUUACUUUGCUUUUUUGUUGUUGAAUAUUACAGUUUAAUUAACAGACGAGGACUUAUCAUACCUGAACCUCCUGAAUCAGACAAGUAUGGAGCAGUUAGAACAACUACAGCACCUAUGGUAAUUAGGGACUUGUUGCUAAGUUCUUGGUAGAGUUAUAAAUCGUGAAGCUAUUAACUGCUUUAGGGUUAGCUCACUUGCUCAAAAUCGUACAAUACAUGAGAACAAAGAUGCUGCCUUCAGGGACCUGUACUGGGAUAGUGACCACAUAUGAAUAAGAGCUCACUCUUAAGCAGGGAACAGUACUCCCCCAAGUAAAUACCUCACUAACUGAAGUUUAUGUCUUUUUCUUGCCAAGAGCAGGACUGUCAUUAAGGUUUUAAGAAGCUGGUCUCCCGGGAAAAGUAGAGAGUCAUUUAUCCCACAAAUCCUCCUAUUUUUGUUAUGUUUGAUUCAUUUUGAAAUUUAGAUUAGCCAGCUGAUUUUACUGUAGUAGCCGGCUCAAAUAGCCAGUGGCUGGCUACUCAUGACAGCCCUGCUGCUGAUUUCUUUUUCUUUUUUGGAUCUUUAGUCUCCAACACAGCUAGGCUCAAAGAAUGGUGUCACUUACGAUUCUAGUAGAACAGAAGAAAAACAAAAAUUGGAGUCAAGUGUCCAACAGCAAGAUAGUCUUCAAGCUGAUAGUGAAAGAGGACUGGUUAAACUAAGCAGUGUGUAGCGUCUCUGUUGUAAUGCAUGCCCCCAACCCCCCGGCCCAUAGGUACACAACUGAACAGGAAAGUUUCAAACCUAGAACCUGUUUCUCAUGUGCCGGGUCCAGAAAGCCGUUUUAUGUUUGCAAUGUUUAUGUGCAAGAUUUAGUUUUUUAUAAUUUGGAAAGUGGAGAAGUUUAUGAGAUAGGACCUGCAGUCCAGGUCUUAAGAUUUUGAUUUUAAAACCUGGCUUUGGGCCAGCAAAGUUACUGGGACUUCUAAGAAACAGGCAGCCAGUAAUCACUAAGGGAUGAUCGAGACGGAAAGUUUGCCUAGUUGGAAGAAGUGAUGAAAAUGUAGUGUAGUCUUUUCAACCCCUGGGCUGAGUGAUUUGAAUAAAAAAGUUACAACAUGCUCAUGAAAUACUGAAAAGAUUAACAACAAUGAUUAUUACACGUAGGGAUAAGCACACAAACUCAGAGGCUGGAACUACUGUGUGUAACAUAAUACAAUCUGCAGCUCUACUGGAAAGUACUGCUAUAGGGCUUUCUUACACUAUCUUAUAGAGUAAUGGGUAACUUAAUGAAAAUUAUUACAGUAUAAAAUAACUAUAGCAGCUACCCAAUUGUAGUUUUUAUAGGAACAUUUCUUCUUUUGUACUGCAUAUCUGGAGUCAUAUUUAUGAUUUGUUUUGUUUUUUAGAACUGACAGGUUAUAUUUCAAAUUGUCAAAUCUUCAUGUGAAAUAUGCAAAGAACUCCGUACAAAGAAAACAAAUUUUCACAUCAGUUUUUGGGGAAUGAUCGUACGCCAAUGAAAACCUCUCUAAAGUGGUUCAAAAUGGUUUCCAGCUUUCUUCAUCUCGUAUACAUUUAUGGACUGAUAGUAAAACCCCUUUCAUUUAUCUUAAAAUGAAAUGCAAAAUAAUAAUGAUGAUAAUAAUAAUGAUGAUGAUGAAUAACUUUAUUUUAGUGUCAAGGUAUUUAGCUUAACAGUUAGUUAAUUGGGGACACUUUCCCAAGUACUGGCCUACUAAUCUAUUACAUGAUCUUUAAAUUAAUGAUCUUACCUAAAACCUAAAACUAUAUACAAGUUAUAAAGUAAAUACGUUGAAGCGAUUUAUAUGUAUAUAUUUUAGUUACCUUACCAUCAUGAAUUUAACCUGUUAGUUUUGUCAGUGACCCUCAUUGUCGUAAUAUUGUUGAAUGUCAUUGGCAUGUCAAAGUUUGCAUUUUCAGAGUUCAAAACAUUUCUGUCAGGUGGAUUCAGGGCCCCUUGAAGUUUUCAAAAAUUUGAAAAAGCUCUGAACCCACUUAAUGGGAAUUUUUUAUACUUUGCAGAAAGGUAAAUUUUGACCUAAUAAUUACAAUUCAUAAAAAAAUGGGGAUCAGUUAUAAAGCUGCUAUGGCAACUUGUCAUGUCUUCAAAAAAAAAAUUUCGUAACUCAUUUGGGGAUUUCUUUGCUACCGUUAUUGUAGAAUCAAAUGAAAAUGUUUUGUUGUAUUGAUCCAUAAGUGUUGUAGUCCUGGUGUUAGACCUCGAAAUUCUGGAAACCGUUGUGAACCACUUUGGUUAGAAAGCCUCGUGUUCUUUUAGAUCAUAAUUAUAUUUAAACUAUGAUAUUCAUUGACCUCUUACACUGAUUUUUUAAACUUGUAUGAUUGGUAGUUGCGCAUGUCAACCUGUCGUAUCUAUCAGUAAGCAUGACUUUACUUAUAUUCUAUCAAAAGGAGAGAGAUUAGUAUUAAUAGCUGUGUUCGGAUUUGUAUAUAGCUAAUUCAGUCAACUCGUUCUAAAACAGCCAUCUUUGAGGCUGACACUAAGUUUCUGACUAAGAGAGGUGUCCGCCAUUGCAAUGAACAAAGAACAGCAGGGGCCAGUUGAAGCUGGUGGCCAUGUUAGCGGGGAGUUGAAGUUAAGAGGUAGUUGACUGCUGCUUCUGACAAGAGUAUUUCUAGAAAGAGAGUAUCUUGGGAACGAGGUUAUGUGUACAAUAUUGUGUCAAAGUCUCUUUUAGUCUUUUUAAAAACUUUAUUAAUAUUAAUUUCGUGCCCACUUUAUUUCAUGUAAAGUUUUCUCGUCUCAUCCCCAACUUAUCCUUAUCCCAUUAUCAAAUAUUUUUAUUAGCUGACAUGGUUUAACAUGGUCUGUGGUUCUUUCAUUUAAAACGUGAUAUAUAUGCAUUUUCCACUUUCAGUCAUUCAUAUAUUUUUGUUUGGUUUUGUAAUUAAACAUGUCUUACAAGAUGAUGGAUAUCGUACUACUUGAAAAAAUGUUCGAGUCAAACUAGCUUGAUGAAUGAC